GACUCCGAGUCGGUGCUUAAUGCUAGUCGCUUAGCUCGUUCAUUGCAGUAGGCCUACUUGGGAACGACAGUGUUAAAACGCACGAGUAUGAAAAUAUUACGACGAUUGAGUUAAGAAUAAUAUACGUAUAUGCUAGUAGGAAAUACUUAACAAUACUAUAAAAAAUGGAUAUUUCAAGUCCAGGAUUCAGUUUGAAUCUAGGGACGCCUCUUUCAGUUGGAGGUCAGCCUGAUCCAGCUGAAGAACAACAUAUCCAACAACUUCAGCGUCAACUGCAACCUUCGCCUCUACAACCUCAACAGCAUGAUUCGCCAUCACAUUCACAGGCUCAGUCUCAGCCCUCAACACCACAACACAGAAAUUCUUCUGUUAGUGUUAUUCAACCAUAUACUGCCAGCUCCGGGUUAACUCCUCAAAGUUUAAUACAACCACAAACUCCACAAAAUGUAGCUGUACCAAGUACUUCUGGGACAAGUUCAUCUGGAGCCCUGUUUCCACCUACCCCAGGCCCUCCUAUGACACCUAUGACUCCUAUAACUCCUUCAUCAGCUGAUCCUGGCAUUGUACCACAGCUUCAGAAUAUUGUAUCCACAGUUAACCUUGGCUGCAAGUUGGAUCUUAAGAAAAUAGCUCUUCAUGCCCGAAAUGCAGAGUAUAACCCAAAACGUUUUGCUGCUGUAAUUAUGAGGAUACGAGAACCAAGAACAACAGCUCUAAUUUUCAGUUCAGGGAAAAUGGUGUGCACAGGGGCCAAGAGUGAAGAACAAUCAAGAUUAGCGGCAAGAAAAUAUGCUCGUAUUGUCCAAAAACUUGGAUUUGACGCCAAGUUUCUAGACUUUAAAAUUCAGAACAUGGUGGGCAGUUGUGAUGUGAAGUUUCCAAUAAGGUUAGAAGGACUUGUUUUAACCCAUAGCCAGUUCUCAAGUUAUGAACCAGAACUGUUUCCUGGUCUUAUCUAUCGAAUGGUGAAACCAAGAAUUGUAUUAUUGAUUUUUGUUUCUGGCAAAGUUGUUCUUACUGGAGCCAAGGUACGUUCUGAAAUUUAUGAAGCAUUUGAAAAUAUCUACCCAAUUUUAAAGGGAUUUAGAAAGCAAUAACAUCUGUUUAUGACAUCUUUCAGUUUGAAAAGUUGAUUCAUAGACUGUUGUAUAUAUUUUGAUUCAUGAAAAGGACAGCAUGUUAAGUGAUAAGUAGGUCUGUGGUGCAUUCUGGGUUUCUUCGACCCAUCAACUACUCUAAAAACUUGCCAAUUCGUGUGCUUUAGUUUUGAGGACUUGCACAACAUAGUUUGACAGAAUAUUUUAUCCAGACAUUCAGGUUCACCUUAUAUUUGGUCUUAUAACAAAAAUUUGUGCUGCAAACAAACCUUUUUUUUUUACUGUCCUACAACAAGCACUGAGAAUGGCUUCUCAUUGUCGUAUGAGUACAUUUAUUUAUUACUUAUGUGAAAAAUGUAUAAUGUUAUACAUUAUAAGUAUCGUGUAAUACAGAAUUGACAGAAAAAUAAACACAUACACAUAGUAAUAAAAAUGAAUUGGACAUAUUUUUGAUACAUUGGACGUUUUGUUUUUGUUAAAAUUUAAUGAUGGCUGGCGGUCCAAAAUGUAGCAGCAGUAUAUUUAUAUUUAAAGAGGUACUUAUUACUACUUUACAUGCUAUUGUCUGCAUCGUUAAAUGUACAACUUUCAGUACCGUAUUUUACUGCAUUCUAAGCUGAAACGUAAGGUAAAUGGUAAGCAACACCAUGAACAGCUGCAAGUCCUUUUUUUUUAUUGUUUCAGCUGUUGUGAAAAGUUUUUUUUAUAUUUUGUAUUAUCAUAGAGUAAGAAUGACUAUUGACUAAUAAAGUGUUUGAUAUACAUGUAUUUGUUAACAUACUUUUAAGGUUUGACUUUUAAACAGAUAGAAACUUUCCCUUCCAUAAGUAGAGUUAAGAAUUAAACAAUACUAAUGAGAACCCUGUGCAUACAAUUAAGCAAGGUAAUAUUUAAAAUUCAUAGGAACUUGUUAGUUUUAUUGUGUUGGUUACACUGGUAGAUUUGUUCCCUAUGUCAAAACUUGUAUUGUAAUAUAGUUUCUCUCAAUUCAGUGAAAUCACAGGCAUUGCUCAUGAAGUGAUGCUCAUUGUUCAUUUAUAAUUUUUAUUUCAUGGAUACCUAUGAAGAAUAAAUUUUUGUUCUUAUUAAAUUUUGCAUUUCCUAGUCAACUGACUAUAACAUUAAUAGCCUAUGUUUAUUAUCCUAACCUGUCGUUUUCUAAUUCUCAUUAAUAAAAUCAGCUGUCUGGUAAACAUCAAAAUUGGACAUGCCCUCCUCCCCUUUUUGUUAUUAGGAAGUAGUUCUGUUUAUUAUGCUUAAAAACAAAACAAGACUAUUAUAAAGUUGUACCCUUAAAGACAACAAGUUGUGAACUAAUUGUGAUAGAAGCAAUAGGUUCAAAAACAAAUCUAUUAGUUAAUCUUUUACUUACACGUGAUUACCUGUGGAAAUAAUAUUGCCUGGAUGUUAGAAAGUAAAAAUCUUGGAUUUGAGUGGUAGUUCAACAGUUAAAAGUCUAAAGAAAAAAAGAUUUUUCUACAGACUGUUAACUUACUUUAUAAUUGUACAUUGUCUCAAGUGAUAAAGCAGUUACUGUACAACUCAGCGAAAAUAUCUGAAUAAAAUAUAAUGCCAGUUUUGUAAAAGCUGUA